UUGGUUUCCAUUCAAUUAGCAGACAGUUGGGGUCGCCAGGACUCCGAGGUCCGUGAGAGCGGAAAAGUUCAAUAUUUUACAACAUUACAAUAGGUCAAUAUACAAUAUGUCCAAACUAAACAACAGGUUGUUUUGUUUAUACACACAAUGCAAAAUAAACAAACGGACUUAUUUACUUUACCUUAACUGUCUUUCCUUUCUGAUAAAUCUCUUCAUGACACACCUCCUAUCUGCUCUCUCCGUUUCUCUACGUCUCUCUCUCUUUCUCUCCUCACCCACUUUUCACUCAGACAGCCAAGAUGGCGGCAGCCUCAUCCAUUCAGCCGCUGACCGUUCACUCUUCUCUAGCCCGAGAAAGCGCACUUUCCCCGGAGAUGGACAGUCCUGAGAGCCGGCAGCAGGAGGAAGAAGAGGAAGCGACGGUGGCGGCAGCUCAGCCCUCCGAGUCGCUAGUUAGUCUCCGGGAGCUGCCGGACCUGGAACCGGAGGAGAUCGCGAGGAGGCUGGCCAAAACUCGGCAGGAGCUGAGCAACAGGAGGAAAAUACUCAUCAAGAACCUGCCGCCUGAUACAAGCACCCAGGAAGUCCAUGAAAUUCUGAAGGAAUAUGAACUGAAAUACUGCUUCGUGGACCGUAACAAAGGCACAGCCUUUGUGACUUUGCUGAACGGGGACCAGGCUCAGGAUGCCAUCCGCUCCCUCCAUCACAGCACUGUCCGCGGACGCCUGAUCAACGUCACGCUGCAGCCGACGGACUCGCUUCUUUGCCUCACCAACCUUCCCCACACCUUCACUUCCCAGCAGUUUGAGGAACUGGUGCGGACGUACGGGAACAUCGAACGCUCCUUCCUGGUGUACAGUGAGCUGACGGGUCACUCCAAAGGAUAUGGAUUUGUUGAAUACAUGAAGAAGGAUUCUGCUUCCCGGGCCCGCUCUGAGCUGCUGGGCCGACCAAUGGGUGAUCGUUCUCUAAUGGUGCAGUGGAUGGACGUCAACCAGCUGAGCCAGGAGGAGAACCUGCACUCCAAGUGUCUUUGUGUGGACAGACUGCCCCUGGACCUCUGUGACUCUGAAGAAUUGGCACAGAUUUUCUCUGAAACUUACAAACCUGUCUUCUGCCAGCUUGCACAAGACGAGGGCAGCCCUAUCCGCGGGUUUGGUGUAGUGGAGUACGAGAAUGCAGAGCAGGCAGAGGCUGUGCUGACGGUCAUGGACCGGACCCUGGUGGGAGGACAGGAAGUGCGCCUGUCACUCUGUAGCCCUGGUACCUCAGGGAGAAGCACCCUGGCUGCACUCAUAGCUGCUCAGGGUAUGAUUUUGAGUAACAGGAAAGGUCUGCUACCAGAACCAAACCUGGCCCAGUUGUUGACCAGUAUGACCAACCCUGCUGCCCUGCAGAUCCUCAUGAGACCGUACCACACUGGCAAGAGAGGAGGGAAGUACGGGCGUCACAACAGCCUGCCGUUCCUCAGACCUCCUCUCACCACAGCUCUGCUCACACUGGGGAAAGCACACCAGAGUGCGCUGCUUGGUAAUGGCCUGGUCCUUCAGAACCUUUUACAUAUGCAGCUGGCACAGCAGCAGCUCCUGCACAUCAAGGACAAACGCAUCAGCAGUGUCUCUGGUUUGCUUGGGGACCCUUCCAGGCUGCUGGUGCAGAAAGCUUUGUCUCUGAGGCCUCCAGGCCUGGUGUCUCUGGGGAAAGGCCUCCUGGGAGAUUCCCCUACAGAUUUGAGUCAAGAACCAGUGCCUCCUUCAACACACAAUGCCACGGUGGUGGUCACAGCAGCAGGUAUAAUGCCAUACCUCCAGGGUCGAGCCGGGGUGGGAGAACCAAUCAGCUCCCAUUCUGUCUCCACAGCCCCCUCUGCCUCCUCCACCUUCUCUUCUUCCUCCUCCUACUCCUGUGACAGACAGCCAGCUCCUCCUGGGACAAUGUUGGGUUCCCAGCUGCAGGGACAGAGCUUUUCCAUGGCAGUAAGUAACGCAAGCGUCGGCCCACCUCCGCCGAAACCCCCUGGAGGAGCUUAUACAUCAACAGGGCAGCACAGCGGUGCAGAUGGGUGCUCCCUGGUUAGCAUGGUUAGCGGUGGUCAGAGUUCUCUGCUGGGUGAUCCUCCUAAAGAAGUCCGUCUCCCCUCCAAUCCUUACCUGAACCUGGCCAGUGUGAUGCCAGGGGUCGUCCUCCAAGGGUCAGUGGGGAGUAAGGCACAGGCUAGACAGCCCAGCCCUGGAGUGUACAACAACAGUAUUGCUCCUGUGGUGUCCCAGGGUUCAGGCUCCUACUCCCACAGCUCUGCUGCAACAACAAACGCCCCCUACAGCACGGACGCCAGCACUGACUACAGUCAGUACAACCAGGCGUACACACAGGAGGCCAUGCAGCAGUGGUACCAGCACUACCAGGCUGCACAGGCUAACACCUACAGCACCGCUGCUCCACCGGACGGCACAGCUUCAGACUUCAGCAAGGAACACACGCAGCCUCCACCAGUGUCCACGUAUGGAGACUACAGUUCCUACAUGCAGGCAGUCACUCAGUACUACUCCCAGCCUGCAGCAGCCAGUCAGGCCUACAGCAGCAAGGAGGUGGAGGUGUGUAAGCCUCUCGGAGUUUCUCUGCACACAGUCACUAGCGGUGCUGCUCCGUCCCCGGCUGUUUUACCGGCUGCUGCUGCUGCUGCUGCUGCUGCUGCUGUCAUCCCAGCCUACAGCGCUCUGCCUUUGAUGCCUGGCUUCCUCGGGGCGGCUCCUCACCCGGCCGCGGCCGCUCCAAACCCAGUCACACACACGCACACUGCUGCCACAGAUUGGACCACGUACUACUAUAACCAGACCAGAGGCCACAAGAGGGAGUACCCUCAGCUGGCCGUGCAGGAAGUGACAUCAUCAGAGGGUGCCUACAUCGGUCAGCACUCCCAGGGCCUGGGAGGCCAGUACGCUGACUACUUCAAGAGGAAGAGGCUGUAGUAUAAACAGAUACCACCUUAAAGCCUAAAUCUGACGGAGAAACCGUGUCACAUGGAUGUCACAGCUCCCUCUAGUGGCCUUUCUGCGGCUGCCAUUUUUGCACCCCAUAAGUAGGUGUUGCUACAACAUAGGGCUGCAAAUGGCUGUUGUUGAAGUUGAAGCAAACCGUAGUGCAAUUUAUUCCUUACACACACACACACAGACACACACAUUCUCUCUCGAUGUCGCUUCUGUCGUGUUUAGGCCUUAACUUUAGCUAACGUGUCGACUUUACUUAAACAGAUAUUCACGUGUAAAAUCUUUUUGUAAUAAUAAUAUACACCUAUUCUAUCCGUGUGUUUUAAGCUGCUUUGUAUCGCUGGCCUGGAGUCCUGUCUGUCUGUUGUUUUUGUCUGUCAUUCCAACUGUCAUUUUAUCUGUCUCUCUGUCAGUUCUGCUGUGUAACCAAUCACACGGUGGAAUCUCUUCCUGUCUGAUUUUUUUUUUUAACCAAUGAUCCAAAUGUUGUACAGUCCUACUUUGAUGUCUUUGUGCUUCUGUCUUUCUCUCAUUUUGAAGCUGGCUAUUUUCUAUGUGUGUGUGUGUGAGUGUGUGUCCUUGUAUAGAGACUGUGUGUGGGUGUUGUAUGUGCUGCAUCUGUAGGAAGCGUCAGCCAUUUAAAUCCCAAGGUUGGGAUAAUAUCAGGAACAAAGAGGGACUGAACAGCAGAGGCCCCUUAGAUGUGGCCCCUGACUGACAAUGAAUGGGCCGUAACUAUAGAGAGUCAGAGAAAAACAGUGUCAAAAGCCAUGUACAGUCAACAACAACAACAACAUAUUCACUAUAUUGAGCUUUUUCCUCCUCCAAAG